UCAGUUUGUGUUCAAUAAGGCUUUUAAUAACCCUCUGCUUGUGAGAAGUCAAGAUGUCGACGGUCAGAUCUGCGCUCGGAAUGUCUGGCUCGGCGUAAAUGUUUAAGGUACAUUUUCAAGAAAACUAGUAGAGGUCACUUUCAAAAACCGAACUGCGAACUUCUCUUAAUUAAGGGAGCUGUGAUCGAGUGCAAAUCCAAAAGAACUUCUAUCGUCAAACUUUGAAGAGGAUUGGACACAGGCUAUAGAAGUCGAUUUCAGGUUGUGUUGUAACAUGUGAGCUCAAAGAGAAGAGGUUAUGUAACACAAGACUAACUACAAGGAACAGCCCAUGUCAAAAACAUUAGUCAAAGAAAACCCUUGCAAAGCUACCUGAAGGCUUGAUGAAUGACACUCCAGUCUAAAAAUAGACACAGCAAGUUAAGAACAGAGAGACUCGACAAAAAAAUAACGAUCAAUGUCAGCGGUCGGCGUUUUUGUACGUGGGAUAGCACGUUGAAAAAGCAUCCAAAUACUCUGUUAGGAAGCGAUGCGAUCAAAGGGUACUUCGACAAUGACAAAAAUGAGUACUUCCUGGACAGAGACCCUCACAUGUUUCGUUACAUUCUCAACUACUAUCGCGAUGGAAAACUACAUUAUUCCUACGACGACUGCUUUGGAGCUUUCAACGAAGAACUGAGUUUUUACGGAAUCGAAGCUGAUAAUCUAAACGAAUGUUGCUGGGAGGAAUGUUACAAUCUCUCCAAGAAAAUUUGUUCUAAAAAUGAAGAAGUUUCGAAGUGUUCCUGCAGUGAGUCAGUUCCACGAAAAUCUUUCCUGCGAAAAUUUUUCUGGAACCUUCUCGAAAACACAGAAAAUCCGCCACGAGUAGGAAGAUACAUUCAAAGCUUUCUCGGUAUUCUCAUAUAUAUUAGUGUUGUCGGUACAAUCGUCGAGACUGAGAGGUGCUGUAAAGAUAAAACUUGCGAAGAAACAUACCCUCGCUUAUUUUUUGCUGUGGAUGCGUUCUGCAUGAUUCUCUUCACCGCUGAAUACAUCUUUAGACUCUACGCCUCUGAAAACCGUCUUAAAUUCAUCAUUAACAAGAUGAACAUCGUGGAUUUACUGGCAGUUACGCCUUUUUACGUCAUUCUAAUAUUCAAUCAUUUCUCUCAGGACUCUUCGUCCGCGGUGGAGAACGCGAGCAGUCUAAAUGUCCUGCGCAUGCUCCGAGUCUUUCGCAUUUUCAAGCUCUCACGUCAUUCGAAACACAUGAGGCAGAUGGGAAGGGCAUUAAAACGCGCUAUCGUCGACCUAGGGUUCCUGUUCUUUGCAUUUCUGUUGACAAACAUGGUAUUUUCAAGCGUGCUAUACUACAUCGAACAAAUGGAGGCACAGAAGACUAAAUUCAAGAGUAUUCCAGACAGUAUGUGGUACACUAUUAUUACUAUGAUGACAGUGGGGUAUGGUGACAUGAUUCCUAUCACUGAUCUGGGAAAAAUUUUGGGUUCGUUAUGCUGCCUCUCAGGUAUCAUCAUGUUGGCUCUUCCAAUACCCAUCAUACAGGAAGGAAGCGCAGAAGUCAGAGAAAAAGAACAACAACAACAAAGCGGCAACAACAAUGGCAAGAAUGACAGUAACACUCAACAAUAAACUGUUUCGAGAGGCGCCUGCUACAAGCAACAGUCUAGCAGUGUUAUGAGGACAAUCAUAAAGCUUUAUGGGACAUCGUAGUCGCUUGUAUCUGGUCUUGUGUCAAAUAUAUCGUAACAUUAUUGAAGAGGCCAAAAUAUUACCGAAGAACAGUUCAAAAGCGAUUAUAGCUAAGGAUCCUUGUUUUUCAGUGUAUAACACUAAGUGAUAGCUGACUGAUUUUAGCUAUGGGUCCCUGUUUUUGAUUUUAGCUAAGGAUACCUGUUUUUUAGUGUAUACCACUAUAUGAUAGCUGACUGAGUUUAGCAAAGGAUACUUGUUUUCAGUGCCUACCACUAAAUGAUAGCUAACUGAUUUUAGCUAAGGAUA